AUGGCUUUUGCGCCGUGCAUCGAUCCAUCCGCCAUUCCUGAUGAGUUAAUGAUGGAGAUUGAAGUAAACACUAAAUUUGUUGCCGGCGAUUCGUCCGUCAGGCUCACCUGGAAAGAUGUUACUGUAAUGGUUACCCUCAGCAAUGAUGGUGAAGCACAAAAUGUACUGGAAGGACUCACUGGUUAUGCCGAACCUGGUAACUUCACUGCCCUCAUGGGUCCUUCGGGUUCCGGGAAAUCCACCCUUCUCGACGCCCUUUCUGGCCGGCUUCCGUCCAAUGCAUUCUGUUCCGGGACCAUACUUUUCAAUGGUCGCAGACCAAAGCUCUCUUUUGGGAAUGCUGUCAGCAUACGUGAGAAACUAUCGCUGGUGGAGAGCACCAUCAUCGAAAUGGGACUUCAGGAUUGCGUGGAUACAGUUGUCGGAAACUGGCAUUUGCGCGGAAUCAGUGGCGGAGAAAAGAGAAGACUAAGCAUUGCCCUGGAGAUCCUCACCAGGCCUAGUUUGCUUUUCCUGGAUGAGCCAACCACCGGACUUGAUAGAGAAGGCCGGACUGUGAUAGCAUCGAUUCAUCAGCCAAGCUGUGAGGUUUUGAGCUUUUUGAUAGAUUGUACUUACUUUCUAGUGGGAAGACGGCGUACUUUGGGCAGGCUUCAGAAGCUCACCAGAAAUUAUCAACUGUAAUCUGGGUGAUUUUGCUAAUGAGGUUGCGGUGUCGCUCCAGUUGAAGAAGAUUCGGUUGUUUACAUUUCGGAUCAAGUUCCAGCCUUGGAGUGUGAAAUGCUUUAAAAGGAUAAAGGAACUAGGGCUUGAAGGUAUGUUCCAACAAUUGGUUUCAAUAUGGAGACUCUGGAUUACAAGAAUAUCAGCUUCAUUGUCUGGGAUGUCGAGGGCCAAGACAAGACUCGUCCAUUGGGGAGGAACUACUUCAAAAAUAUUCAGGGUCUUAUGCUUUUGGUAGGCAGCAAUGACAG